AUGACAGUGUGGAGGAGCAGCUCUGCCACUUUGAUGUGUUGUCUCGGACUGUCUUUACUCCUCGUCGGUCCGUGCCAGGCGGACUGUCGGGAAGCAGGCCUGUGUUGCUCCGGUCGCGACCCGUCAUGCAUCAGCGAGGGAUGGAGAUCUGACCGAUCAUAUGGCACCUGCUACUGCGACCAAGCGUGCGUCUCCACCCUGGACUGCUGCCAUGACUACGAGACAGCCUGCCCAGCGGUGUCCUGUGUGGUGAGUGAGUGGACGCAGUGGUCAGGCUGUGCCGAGCCAUGCAGGGCCACAGUUCGCAGGCGGAGCAGGAUCAUCCUGCAGGAGCCGCUCAAUUCAGGGAAACCCUGUCCACAUCUGGAGGAGCAUGCUGGCUGUGCAGAGUACUGGUCGAAGCAAGGGCACUGUCACAACUCACUUGUCCCAGCUCUAAUAACCACAGGUGGCUAUGGCAACGCCAGGAAGAAAAGAGACAUCCCUGACAGUGACAACAUUAUAGGGUAUUGUGUCCAGUUUCAGUUGACCUCUCUGACAAAGGGGUGCCAGCAGAGUGCAGGCCCACACACCCAGUGGAUGCAGUACCUGAGGGAGGGCCACCAUGUGUGUGUGGAGUGCCAGCCGCCAGCACUUGCUGCUGGACAGAGACACUGUGCCGGAGACGGAGAGGAAAAUGUUGAGGACAGAAGACAAUCUCUCCAGUGGCAGGCGGUGGGAAACCCUCGAUGCAGGGGUGUGUGGAGACGUGUUGGGAGGCUGGAGGCCUGCUCCUGCCCAACAGCCCACAGCUUCCUCUUCAUCUGA